CCUGCUAGCACGAAGUCAUCACUUUGCAGGUCGCCUUUUUGAUCACCAUUUUCUCGUCGACUACAGGGAGGAAUAGAAGUCUGUAAUGCGAGAUGGCUGGGCAACUUAUUAUUAAGAAGCUCAAGGCUGGCACCUUUGAAGGGCUCUCAAAUGAUGUAAAGAGUUGCAUAGCCUCCACAUGCAACGACCCGCACAAGUGUGGAGACUUCAUCAAAGAUUUGUUCUCACAAAUCGUGAAGUCCCACGAUUCUGGUGCCCCGCACAAGAUCCCACAGGAAAUUUUGAAGUCUAUAGAACUGGGCCUGCAUACUCUUAACAAUGUCCUAAGAACGUGCGACAUCACUGACCAUCUCAACAUUUCAUACCACAUCUUUACCUUACUCCUAAAAGAGGAACAACUUUGGCAGGCAUUAACAGCGGCCCAAGUAAUGCUGUCUCUGCUCGAAACAAUGGACUGCCAGAGCCCCAAGGCUUCAAUCGUGAUUUCCAAUGCAUAUGUGCAGCUGUGGAAUACUGCGCUCGAAUUGCGUCAGAAAGGAAUGCAGGAUGACCACGCGAUUGCCUUCGAACUGCUGCUGCAUGCUUUGAACUUCCUCUGCCUCAAGGGCGAAAUCGUGGCCGUCGCCGAGAAGCACAGCAUCGCUGCGAGUUGGUGUGCCAUCAAAUUGAAAAAUGAACCGUGGCUAGAACGGCUACGUCGAUGCGUCUUGCCCGCCAUUUCUGCACUCCUCAAGCGCACGCCCUCGAAUCUGCGAGCGUGCGUGCCGGUUGUUGUUGACAUGCUCCUUGACCAGCAUAAAAUGAGCUUCAAGCUGGGCAAGAACUUCAGCCUCGUGGCUGAAUGGCAAAGCGUCGCGAACGAAGCGUUGUUUGGCCACGAGGUUUCUCUCUACCACCACGUAACUUCUUUGCUGAGUGUCGUGGAUCAGGUGUCUGUCGUGAGCCUGUGCGUGACCGAAGGGAACAGUCCAGUACCCAACAUCAAGCUUCCCAAGAAUGUCCUGUGGUGGGAGUGUCGGCCCUGUGCCGAGGAGUUCGUUUGCGUUGCCUCCUGCAUGCAGGUGGUCCUGAUGCGACUGCAUGCCGCAGAACUGUUCAUUCAAGGCGCCUCCAGCCGGCAAGAGUUUGUGGCUGCCAUCACUGCAAUCCUGGGUCUCAGACCUUUCGUCAAGCAGUAUCUAAGCUGCCUUGGCGACAUCAAGGCAGAUCUAUCGCACGUCUUGGUGGCCUUACGAAUGCUCAGGGCCUUGCUCAUACUACAGACCUACUUCAUCCAAGAGACAAAAGACAAGGAUGAAUGUGCAAAGGUGCUCACUUUCCCAGAAAAAUUCUGCCCAUCAUCGCUCCUCAAGAUUGCAGAAGCAUCUGUUGCUGAAACGACAGAAAUAGGCCUUCUCAGUAGGACAUUUUACGCUUUGGCAUACAACUGUUUCCAAAAAAAGGCCAACAAACAUGUUGCCUUCUACACCAAGAUCAGCGUGGAGCUGGCUGUCCUGCAUGUAUCUCACCACCCAGAGGACAACACUGUGAAUUUUCAGAAGGACUUCUGGAAGCGGUGCGAGCUGCUGCUGUGGCAGUACAGGCAAGAGAAGCAAUACGCUGAGGCACUGCUCAUCACGGGAAAAGUCGUGAACUUGGGUACCGAGCUGCGUUCCCAGGCCUUGGUUCGCUGGGUCAGGAUCCGAAAGGAAAUGGACGCCUUGCCCAAGUUCCGAGGGAGCCUUCUAAAACUGCUGGAGGUGCACGGCGCUCCUCGGGAAAUGACUGUAGAGGACAGAUUUAUGUUCCUGAUUUUUGAGUUGAACAUCUCCGUGAAAGAAGGGCUGUCUGCAGAUGUAUGUGUGGACUUGUUCCACGAGCUGAAAGAGCUUGCACCGCAGGUCAACAGCAAGCUGGCACGCAGCUGCGUCCUUGUUGAGAGCACCCUGCUCCUGUACCGCUAUCCGUUUAUGGAUUUCAACCUCGAGUGCACAUUCGACGAGAGUUUCGAGAAAGCCCUGAGCAGUGUAGAGGAUCUGCUGAAGACCAACAACAAGACAACUGCUGACAUAGCGAGGCUACUGAACGCUGCCUGCCUCUUCUGGCUAAACAUGAGCAAAGUUGAAAUGUUGCGAAAGUUUGCUCCCAAGGAUCUGGCAGAAGCAGCUGUGGAUCCUGUGGAGAUCAAGUGCGAUGACCCCAUUCUGAGCCAAGCAUUGGCCGAAGACAAAGACUACUCAUGUGAUGCCACUCAGAAUUACCGACACAUCAAUGUAGGUUACGAACUCUCAGCCCAGAAGAACUUGGACCAGGUUCUGGAAAUGUGGUGCACAGCUUUUGAACGGCCUUCUUCUGAAUGGAGCCUCAUGUUUCGUGAUCUAGUGGAAUGCUGGUUCUUUGAGCAUGUCAAGGUGGUCUGUGAAGUGUACGCUUCAUCAUUCAGAUUCUUGGAGGAAAUCAAGGCUGCAACACUGUGGUACAGCGUGGCCACGGAUCGGAACAUGAACCAGGAGACCGUGCUGGCUGCCUCUUACCUCAUAAAUGCCCUGAUCAAGGUGGGCCUGGUGGACGCAGCUGCCGACGUGGCCCAUCAGACCGAGGCUGUGGCCAAUCAACUGGACGAAGGCCUGCCAAGACUUCGGUUCGUGUUGGCAAGGGCACACCUGCUCUACAAUCAAGAAAAGUACGACGAAGGUUUCCAACUACUGGAUCAGCUUCUCAAUCACCCACUGCUCCAGAAGAACAACAAGUCAUCCCUGCUGUUCGUGGCCGAGGUGAAGCUUCUGGUCUGCAGGUACUCACUCCUGCCGGCCCCAAUAAGUGCACCGUUCCAUGCCAAGGGGCAGCUCGAGUGCAACACUCCCAUCAUCCUUGCCCAGGAGUCCUUGAGGCUAUCGCAGGGUGUUAUGCAACACUUCUCUGAAAACACCGUAGCCGAGCCUUGUGAUCUUUUUACUACGUGGACCCUGGAACGAAUGUUGCUAGACUCUGCAGCUCUUCUAGGACAGCUCUACUCUAACAUUGGGGCUGCUAAGGAGGCUUACGCUUUCCUCAAGGAAUACCUUCGUAGGGCUCAAGGAAUGGUGUCGGCGACAAGAUGUGCUAGGCUUGUCCUGCUCAUUGCAAACUUGGAUCUGCUUUGCGAGAAGCUGUACGACGUCAGAAGCAAGCUCUCCAGCGUCGAAUUCAUGCUGCACCUGAAAAACUUCAGCUGCCCAACAAGGCUCGAAGGUGAGGAAGGGGUCACCGUGACAAAUCUGGACGUCACGGGAUGUUCGGACAUGGAGGAAAAGACAUACGACAAGUACUCGUGCCCCGCUCGCAGCUACUCCAUGGCCGUGGUCCUCUUCCUCAAGCAGGAGAGUGCGCUCAAGUCUCCGCCAUCAGUCCCCAGCCUGGACAAGAUUCACGACGCCGACUGCAGCUGCCAGCUGUGCGAGUUCUAUGCGACCAGGCAGUUGUGGAUCGAGCGCGACCUGCUCAAGUGCUUGCUGUACAUCACAGUUGGAGACGUCACCGCAGCCAUAGGUGGUCUGCAGACAUUGCUCGAACUUGUGGGCUCGCUGCACCAGAAGCUGUCGAAGGAAGCGACCUCCGCAGCGUCCUUCCUCAAGCGCCGCCUCUCGAAGACCUUCCUCUGCGGCCAGAACAGGGCGGUGGGCGCCUGGGGUGAGCUACUGACCCUGCAGACCACGAUUCUCCUGCACCUCUCCGAGGCCCAUCUGCAGAGAAAGAGCUACCGGACGUCGCUCGAGAAAGCGGACGAGGGUCUCAAGGUCAUCUCGCUAAAUGGCUGUGGCAAUAAGAGCCACUGGAAAAUGUUUGCCAGCCUGGCGCAUCAGAAGGUUAGGGUGCUGGUCACCAUGUCUCGCAAGAGCAGGGACUCUUCCGGAGACCUCAAGGGCAGCCCCCUCUGGAUUGGCAACACUUGCGAGCACGCCUCUGCGACGAACACUGCCGAUGCGAAUGCUGCAUCGCCUCCGAGGCGCUCCGAGAGGCGUACGGCGCCGCUCACUGCCCCGAAAGCUCCGAAGGCACGUCGAGACGCACCCAUAGACUUGUAUCUGAAGAGCUUGGGCCGUGUUGAGGCAAAGAGUGUUGCAAAAAAGGUGAAGGAUGACGGAGCUGCGUUUGUCGUUUUUGACGAGUCAGUUGAGGACUGCGUUGGUAGGGAGAAACCCAGUGUUGCCAGAGCUAGCAGGAAAGCGAGUGCCCGAACGAGGGCUGCUGCCACUACUGCAGGUGCUGGGGAUGCGAAUGACGACAUUGACAAGCCAGAAGUACCACGCCUGCCAAAAAAGCAGGUUCGUGCCCAGCGUAAAGCUGCAAAGACUGAUCUGGUGUCCACGAGCAGCAGCAAAGAUGCGGAGACGAGAGCCAGCGAUGAAAGUGCAAGUGAACAGGCACCGACGAACAGUGUGCCAGGUGCUUCCACGGCUUUGCUCAACACAAUUGAUGAGGAAGAGGAGGCAGUUGCCUCGAUUGCACGGUUCUCGCUGCAAGAGAGACAACCGAGAUUGGUUGAGGACGUUCCGUACGUGGAGCACAACACACCGUUCACUGAAGAGCAGCUAGCAUCUUGCAAACCUCAAGCACUUGAUGACAUGGUGUCACUGCUCGACAAAGCCUUUGAGCUAAUCAUUCAUUUUCCGCCAUUCCCUCUGUAUGCCGAGAUGAGCAGAACUAUGAUGCAUCUACUGGACCUUCAGGAAAGGCACAGCAAGGACCACAAGACUGCCUCUCUUUGGUACGUUAGUCAGACAUCCUCAGUGACUCUGCAACACAUUGGUCUCAACUGCCUCUACAAGAAGCUCAAAAAGCAGAAGGCUGCUGCAUUGAAUGAUGCAGUUCAAGACUUCACAUUCAGCGAGGAGGAUGUCAUCAAGGCAGAAGCUCUCAGUUUCAGAUUGCUGUCUGAGCUCAAAACCACGCAGCUCGCUGAUAUCUAUGAGCUUCUACCGGCUGAUUGGACUGUGGUGCAGGUGACAGCUGCCGAGUCCCUCACAAAGGGCCCCGGUGGUGUCACCCUGACACCCGACUUGUUUGUCUGCCAGUGUAGAAAAGGAAAGGCACCGAUCAUGGUCAAGCUCAGUGGCUCAUCCGAUCAGCAGUUCCACACGGUUCUCUUCAAGGAAUUCAAGGGAAUCUUGGAUGAAAGCACAGCCACCAUGAAAAUGACGGAGCCACCUCUGUGGUGGUCUGUUCGACGCGCCUUAGACAAGAGAAUGAAGGACGUACUGAAUAGCAUCGAGAACGUCUGGAUGGGCUGCUGGAAGGGAGUCUUUCAUGGCAAGAUUGUCGAUGCCGGUGCGUACAAGGACCUGAGAGACGCCGUAGUCCAAGUGGUGUCCAAGGCGACGAAACACAAGUUAGAGUGCUCCAGCAACCGACUACUCGAAGCGGUGAUCGACUCGGCCACAGACCUCACGGAUUACCAGCUGUCCAUCGCGGUGUGCCAGCUGUUCGGGAUCCGUAGCUCACAUGCUGUUCACAAUGUUCUCUGCAACCUCAUCAAAUCCAAAGCAAGCCCAGACACUCCACGACAUCCGGUUAUUCUCAUCUUGGACAAGGCCGUACAAGCGCUGCCGUGGGAGAGCACGCCAAUCCUGCUGAAGAACUCCGUGAGCAGGGUGCCGUCACUCAACUACCUGCGUGCCCAGCUUCUGCAGUACCACUACGUGGCUGAGAAUGUCUACACCCAACACGUGGACACCACCAAGACGUACUACAUUCUAAACCCAACGAACGACAUACCAAGGACACAGGCCCAGUUCCAGGACAUCUUCACAGGCUUGGGUUGGCAGGGAGUGACAGGCAAGCCCCCCAGUAAAGAAGAAUUUCAGGCAGCCCUCAUUGGCAAGGAUCUCAUUGUCUACUGUGGCCAUGGAUCAGGGCGCGAGUACCUCGUGAGUGAAGUCAUUGAGCAAAUGCGCUGUCAUGCCUGCCCGAUCCUGAUGGGCUGUGGCAGUGGUCGUCUCAAGGUGUUCGGGCAAAAGAUAGAGCCUUUUGGAGUGGUCCUCCAGUACUGGAUUGGAGGCAGCCCCUCCAUAGUUGCCAACCUGUGGGAUGUCACUGACAAGGACAUUGACAGGUUCACAGAGACAUUCCUCAGGCACUGGGUCCCCCAGCUGGGCUCGGACAGCCACAUCUCGGACAUCACCACCGCUGUCCGGCUCGCCAGGAAGAGCUGCAGACUGCAGUACCUCGUUGGUGCUGCUCCCGUUGUUUACGGACUACCCGUACAGAGCAAGAAAGUUCACUGAUUCUAGCACAUUCUCCUUUCGCAAAAUGAACACUGCGUACGCGCAGUACUAGAA